UUCAUUUCACAACCGGCUCGCCUCGCGGGCGAGGCCGCAGCCGCCGUGUGAGUUCCAGUUCCAAGUCCUCCGCGGGCGCGGAGGGAGGAAGAAAUCGGCAAUCGCCCCACCCCAUCCCAUCCCCCCCCGCCCCAAGAAUAGGCUAGCGGCUGGUCCUCGAAUCUAGGAGCCCCCGACCUGCGCGUCCGUCCGUCCGUCCUCCCUAAAUCCGGCCACGCCCGCCGGUGAGGAGAGGCGAAGAUUGAUCAGCCACUCCCGAAUGGAAGAUUCAUCGGCCUCUGUCCCGGACCCGGACGAAUAAUAACUUAGUUCUACUAAGUUUCUCGGGGGUCGCCCUUCGCUUGCUUCCGCCCCCUUGUUGUUGUUCCUUUGUCCGGCUCGAUCUGGGUCGCUCGGCGGCUGUUCGUCCGUCGCCCGUACCGCCGCCGCCGCCGGUUGGUUGGAUUAGUACUCCACUCCCGCUUCGUUCCGUUAUCUCUGGUCUGAUAUUUACGGGAUAUUCCUUCGCGUGCUCUGCUUCUGCUGGGAUUCAAGUGAAGGCACCCCAUGGCCGAGAUAGAAGACGCGAUGGGUGCGCCGCCAAUGGUGACGACGACGGAGUCCGAGGGCACGACCACAGAUGAGGACGUGCAUCUUUCGCCGACCUGCAUCUGCGGCGGCGCGGGCGGAGCUGGUGGGGGAGGCCGCAUCAAGAUCCUCUGCAGCUUCGGCGGCCGCAUCGUGCCCCGCCCGCACGACGGCGUGCUCAAGUACGUCGGCGGGGAGACCCGCGUCCUCGCCGUGCCUCGCUCCAUCUGCUUCCGCGGUGGGUGUUGUUCGCUUUCUCCAUGCGCUGUGCCGCGCUGCGUGACCUGCCGCCGUUUGGCUCUCAGCAGGCCGAGAUGUCUGUCGUUGCCCUGUGCAGAGUUGAAGAAGAAGGUGGAGGACAUGUUCAAGACGGAGGUCGCGGCCAUCAAGUACCAGCUGCUCUCCCUCGCCGAGGAACUCGACGUGCUCGUCUCCGUCACCUGCGACGAGGACCUGGUCCACAUGCUGGACGAGUACGACCGCCUCGAGGCGAAGCGCUCGCCGACCACGUCCCCGCGCUUCCGCGUCUACGUCUUCACGCCGCAGGCCACCGCGCCCCACCCGUCGGCCGCCGCACCCACCGUGCCCUCGUCUACCCGCUACGCUGGUCUGUCGCGCCUCCACCCGCAUCACCACCACCAUCAGCAGCACCGCCAAUUCCAGCCGGAGCGCUACGUGGCCACCGUACCAGCCUCGCCCGACGGGAGCCCGCCGUUCUCCGCCCAGCCGCACGGCGCCGUCUCGGCGGGCAACUCCCCGCGCGCCAACGCGUUGGGCGUUGGGUUCGGGAUGCAGCGCGUCCGGAGCUCGCCGAACCUCAGCACCCUGGACGCGGCGGCGCGGCGCUUGCAUCAGCACGGCGUGGACGGCAGCAUAUCGGGCUACGUGAGCGGCUCACCAAGGCACGCCGGCGCGGGGCCCAUGCUGUUGCAGAACAAUUUCCACCACUACCAGCACCAGUACCCGACGGCGCCCGUGCCCGUGCCCGUGCCUGUGCCCGUGCCGCACCACGGUGGGCGGUACGACGCGCGCGGGUACGUCCGGGUAGGCAACUACCUGGCGCCGAUGGUGCCCGCUGCCAGGCCGCUCUCGAGGGGAGGACCGGCGCCGCACAGCGACAUGGUGACGCCGAAGAAGUCUGCUAUUGUGUGGGACUGACCCGGCCGGUCGUACGCCGGAGGGGCCUCUUGUGAGUUGAGUGUUUGAGACUGAGAUGUGUAAAUAGACGGUCGGAUGGAUGGAUGGAUGCACGCGGCCUUAUUUUAGCUGUUGCGUUUGUGUCCACGCUGAAUUUGUUUGUCCGUUUUCUACUGGUCGUGUUCACGGCCUUGUUUUAGCUCUCCCAUAGUCUGAAAUUUAUUUUUCUUAAAUCACUGUACUAACUUUUAAGAAAAAAAAAUAAAUUAUUGUACUAGCUUUUA